GUGUGUGUACGUGUGUGUGUGUGUGUACGUGUGUGUGUGUGUGUGCGUCCCUGUGCUCGUGUCCCAGGCUCGUGGUGAACGCGCUGGAAGCUCUGGACGGCUGUUACGCCAUCGCUCCACCUGGCGAGAGAGAGAGGAGCAAGCAGACGGCGCUGGAGCUGGCCACCACGAUGCUCUCCAUGCCGGCGCCGCCCGGCGUCCACCAGCAGACCAAGGUGCUGCUGGCCGGCCUGCACAGCAGCCGCAACGCCUACCACAGCCACAAGGACCAGGCGCUCCUGCGCCACGUGGUGGGAGCGCUGAGCGGUGCGGGUGGCGGUGGCGGUGGCACCGGCGCCACCACCGCCACCGCGGCGGCGCGCGAGGAGGCGCUGGACCCGGAGACGUUCCACCGCGUGGUGGUGACGGCGCGUGCCGUGGCCACCAUGCGGCCCGCAAACCUCGUGCGCUACACGGACAUGGGGGGCGCCGCGGCCACCGCCACCGCCGAGUCCGCCGACGACUCGGCGGAUGAGAGGGCGACCCUCGGCGGUCCUGGUGGAGUCGGAGGAGGAGGAGGCAGCAGCGAGCCGGCCUUCAUCACCCAGCUGGUGGACUGCUUCUGGCGCCUGCACGCGGCUAAACCCCGCAAUGCCUUCCUCGCUCCCGCCUGCCUGCCCGGCCUGACCCACAUGGAGGGCACGGUGAACGCGCUGGUGGAUGUGGUGCACGGCUACUCGUCGUGCGAGCUCGAAACCAUUCCUCUCGCCGCACGGCUCUACCUGCAGAUGCUACUCUGUCCUGACCCGCAGGUGAGCUUCUCGUGCAAGCAGGCGCUGAUCCGGGUGCUGAGGCCGCGAAGCAAGCGGGCGCAGCUCUCCACCCUGCCCUCGCCCCCACGCAGCAACACGCCCACGGGAGACAAGGAUGACGAUGACGAGGAGGAGGAGCAGGAGGAGAAGUUGCUGCUGCUGCUGCCCACACUGCAGGGGCAGCAGCAGCAGCAGCACGGGCGCAUCGGCGGCGCUGCCCACGUGGGAGCGGGCGCCUCAGGGAGUGGGGCAUCGCGAGGGAGCGGUGGUGGUGGCGGUGGCGGUGGUGGUGGUGGUGGCCGUGGCGGCCGCGGCGGUGGUGGUGGCGGUGGCCUGCCCCAGCAGAGCAGCUCUGAGCAGCCCGAGCCAGAGCACGGGGACUUCGAGAUGGUGCCGGAGGGCAUGGUGCUGGAGGGCGGUGCUGACGUCGUGGCCGCCGGCGCCGGAGAGUCGUCCUUGGAGGCGCUGCUGGCCGGGGCCGAGGGCUUCCCUCCGACGCUCGACAUCCCUCCGGACGCGGACGACGAGACGAUGGUGGAGCUGGCCAUCGCGCUCAGCCUGCAGCAGGACCAGCAGGCGGGCGGUGGUGGCGCCCUGCGCCUGCAGAGCCUCGUGCUGCCCGCACAGACACAGAGCUCCUCGUCGCUGGACGCGGGCACACUCUCAGACACCACCGCCUCGGCGCCAGCGUCCGAUGACGAGGGCUCCACUAUGGCUACGGACGGCUCCACGCUGCGCACCUCACCGGCUGAGCCGCACGCCGGCAGCGCAGCCGGCAGCAGCAGCUCGGAGAGCGGGGGCAGCGCCGUGGGCUCCGUCGCCGGGGACCACAACGUGUCUGGCCGCAGCAGCGCGUACGGCGACGGCGCCGCCGAGGGCCCGGCCCGUGGGCCGGGCAGCGUGACGUCCAGCACGGGCGCCGUCAGCACCACCAUGGGCCACCAGGAGGGCGACGGCUCCGAGGGGGAGGGGGAGGCCGACGGGGACCUGGGCACCACCAACCGGCUGCACAUGGUGAGGCUGAUGCUUCUGGAGCGACUGCUGCAGUACCUGCCGCAAGUUCACACAGUGGGAGGGGUGCGAGCCAUCCCCUACAUGCAGGUGAUCCUCAUGCUGAGCUCGGACCUGGACGGCGACGAUGAGAAGGACAAGGGGGCUCUGGACAACCUCCUCACGCGCCUCGUCGCUGAGCUGGCCAUCGACAAGAAGAAGGACGUAGCAAAGAGGGCCGAGCGGACCCCUGCUAACGAGGUGACGCUGGUCAUCAUGCGUCUGCUCAGCGUCUUCAUGUCGCGUACCAAAGCCUCCUCCUCCUCCUACAGGGCAGCCUCCAAUGAGCCCGCCCAGCCCCCGUCCCCACCGUGCACGGCAUCGUCCCUCACCUCGAGCGCGACGGCAAGUGCCCUCCUCGCCUCCGGCGCCGUGGAUCACUGCCUGCUCGUGCUGCGCACGCUGCUCGAUUUCUGGCGAGGGCUGCAGCCGGACGACGACGCCGGCGGCGCCGCCUCCACCGCCUCCUCCGCCUCCUCCUCCUCCUCCGCCGCCUCCUCGUCGUCGUCCGUGGGGGGCCCGGCGGCCGCGGGCGGCGGUGGGGGCGGAGGAGGAGGGGGGGCGACGUCGGCCCAGCUGCUGCGGCCUCACACCACCGCACCCCCGCCAGACAUGAGCCCCUUCUUCCUGCGGCAAUACGUGCGGGGCCACGCUGCGGAUGUGUUUGAGGCCUACCCGCAGCUGCUCACAGAGAUGGUGCUGCGGCUGCCCUACCAGAUGAAGAAGACCGCUGACGGAGACCCCUCGCUGCCGCAGCCGGCGUUCGACCACGCGUGGUUCUACUACUUGUGCGAGUACCUGAUGACGCAGCAGCAGACGCCAUUCGUGCGCCGUCAGGUGCGCAAGCUGCUCCUGUUCAUCUGCGGCUCGAAGGAGCGCUACCGGCAGCUGCGCGACCUUCACGCGCUGGAGUCACACAUGCGCUCCGUGCACCGCCUGCUGGAGGAGCAGGGCCUGCUGGCGCGGGGCGGCGGCGCCCCCAUCGCGCUGGCGAGCGCCGCGACCCUGGUCGGGCAGAGCGGGCAGAGCGGGCCGGCGGGCGGAGGAGGCGGAGGGCCGACGCUGCAGUACGACACGCUGGUGGGGCUGAUGGAGCACUUGAAGGCCUGUGCUGAGGUGGCCACUCAGCGCACCGUCAACUGGCAGAAGUUCUGCUUGAAGGAGGACACUGUGCUCUUCUUCCUGUUCCAAGCGAGCUUCCUAUUGGACCCGGGCGUCUCGCCGGUGCUGCUGCAGCUCCUCACCAGCGCGCUAUGCGGAGGAGGAGGCGGAGGAGGAGGAGGAGGAGGCGGAGGAGGAGGAGGAGGAUCUGGGAGCGUGGGUGGUCGCUCCGCUCCACCACCUCCACCACCACCACCGCCACCUCCUCCUCCCCCUACCGUUCAGCAGCAGCAGCAGCAGCAGCAAGGCGGAGCGGCGGGUGCCCGAGGUCCCGGAGCACGGAGGGAGCGUAGGGAGGAGAAAGAUGAUCCCGUCGACGCCACCGCAGCGUUGGCCGCAGGGUCGCCGCCGUCGUCGGCGGCCGCCUCCUCCCCGUCGCCCGGCGGAGGCGGCGGAGGCGGCGGAGGCGGCGCGCCGGCGCCGCCGCUGCCGCCGCCGCCGGGCGAGGAGGAGGGGCGGCUGAGCGCGCUGCUCGCGGCCCAGGUGAACGCUCUGGCCGACCGCGAGACGCUGGGGCGCUUCGUCCGCAGCUUCCUGCUCGAGUCCAACGCCACGGCCGUGCGUUGGCAGGCCCACGCCCUUGUGCUGCACAUCUACCGCAACUCGACGCGCUCCCAGCAGGAGUCUCUCCUGGACCUCAUGUGGUCCCUGUGGCCCCAGCUGCCCUCCUACGGCCGCAAGGGGGCCCAGUUCGUCGACCUGCUGGGCUACUUCUCGCUGCGCGCACCCCGCGCCUCGGAGGCCCGCCUGCGGGCCUACACCCGCCUGGCCGUGGGGGUCCUGCGGGCCCAAAACGUGGCCCUCGCUCGGCACCCCACGUCGAGCAUUUACACGGCGCUGGCCGCCCUGGUCGACUUCCACGGCCACUACCUCGAGAGUGAGCCGUGCCUCGUGUGCAACAACCCCGAGGUGCCGUUUGCGAACAUCAAGCUGUCGUCCAUCAAGGUGGACACGCGCUACACCACGACGCAGCAGAUCGUGAAGCUGGUGGGCAGCCACACCAUCAGCAGGGUCACCAUCAAGGUGGGCGACCUCAAGCGCUCCAAGAUGGUGCGCGUUGUCAACCUCUACUACAACAACCACACCGUGCAGGCCAUCGUCGAGCUCAAGAACAAGCCUGCGUGCUGGCACAAGGCAAAGAAGCUGACGCUGACUGCCGGCCAGACGGAGGUGAAGCUGGACCUGCCGCUGCCCAUCGUCGCCUCCAACCUGAUGGUGGAGUUCUCCGAGUUCUAUGAGAACCACCAGGCCUCGGCAGAGACCCUGCAGUGUCCCCGCUGCAGCGCCUCCGUGCCAGCCAACCCCGGCGUCUGUGGCAACUGCGGCGAAAACGUCUUCCAGUGUCACAAGUGCAGGUCCAUCAACUACGAUGAGAAGGACCCCUUCCUGUGCAAUGCCUGCGGCUUCUGCAAGUACGGCAAGUUCGACUUCACGCUGUACGCACGGCCCUGCUGUGCCGUGGAUCCCAUCGAGAAUGAGGACGAUCGCAAGAAGGCGGUGACGAACAUCAACAGCCUGCUGGAGAAGGCCGACCGCGUCUACCACCAGCUGAUGGCGCACCGGCCACAGCUGGAGGAGCUGUUGGUGCGCAUCAGUGAGGCAGCUGCUGACAACCCCACGGACGACUCCGUCAGCGGCGGUGGCUCCAUCGCCUCCUCCACCUCCAUCACCGGCUCCUCCACCUCCUCGUCCGGCGCCGGCAACGCGGCCGCGGCCGCCGCCGCCGCCGUGGCGGCCGCGGCCGCCGUGGCGGCUGGGCCGGGAGGCGGGGCCGGAGGCGGGGCCGGAGGCGGGGCUGGAGGCGGGGCCGGAGGCGCCUCCGCCGCCUCAUCCUCCUGCGUGAACAAACACAUCCAGGCGCUGGCGCACAAAUACUGCGGGGAGUGCCGGCUCGCCUUCGAGGGGCUCUCUAAGAUUAUACAGAAGGUGCUGGCAUCGCGCAAGCAGCUUGUGGAGUACGACCUGCAGCAGCGGGAGGCCGCCUCUCGCUCCUCCCGCGCUCCCUCCGCGCCCCCCACGCCCACCGCCUUGCCGCCCUCCACGGAACACCCCCUGCCGCCGGCGACGCCGACGCCGGCGUCGCCGACCGCGGCGGCGGCGGCGGCCGUGCCGGUGGCGCCGGCGCCGGCGGUGGCGGUGCAGCAGCGAGUGAGGCGCUGCUACGGAUGCGCCUCUGCCGUCACGGAGCACUGCGUGACCCUGCUGCAGGCGCUGGCGACCAACGCGACGAUCCGAGCGAUGUUGGUGUCCCAGGGACUCAUCGGGGAGCUCUUCGGCUACAACAUUCGACGUGGCACAGCCGCCAUGCGACGUAACGCACGCAGCCUGCUGUGCCUCCUCACCCGGGACGACAAGGAGGCCACCCAGCACAUGAACGAGCUGAUUGUGUCGCGCGUCGCCUCCGCCAUCAGAGGGCACUGGACCAACCCCGACAUGGUGAACUGUGUUAAUGAGAUGAUGUUGCUCACCGACUCCAUCUCCUUGGAUGAUCAAUGCUGGGAGGAACGCCUCCGCUGUGUCAUGAGCCUCUUCCUGAUGGCCGUGAGGGUUCAGUCCCCGCUGGUGGUGGAGAGCGUCUCCCUGCCCUGUCUGCGCAUCCUGCAGCGCCUCAUCCGGCCCCAGCCGCUCACCCGCACCAGCGCCAAGGAGAGCACCCCAGAGUCUCGCUGCUCGGUGCGGCCCUACAGCAGCGAGCUGCACGCUCAAGUGGAGCCCUGGCUUGCUGCUGAGCCAGGGGCCUCAUUCCUCGCGUGGAGACGCAGCCUGCCUGCCCGUGUGGCUGAGGGUGGUGCUGUGAGGCCUGGGGACCGUGCGGCAUUCCGGUGGCGCUUCCUGGCUGAGAAGUACCUCUGGCGUUGGCGGCUCGCCAUGCAGAGGGGGGGGCACUGCACUCGCCUGCCCCCCAUGGAGCUUCAGCUGGGGCACAACAACUGGCUUCGUCAGAUCCUCUUCACGCCGUCGUCGCAGGCCGCCCGCCAGGCUGCCUGUGCCAUCGUCGAGGCGCUGGGCUGCUUGCAGUCACGCAAGCAGCAAGUGCUGGACCUGCUCACCAGCUACCUGGACGAGCUGAGCUCAGCAGGGGAGUGUGCCUCCGAGUACCUGGCCCUCUACCAGAAGCUCAUCCGCCCCUCCCACUGGAAGGUUUACGUAGCGGCACGGGGCGCCCUGCCACGCAUCGGCAACCUCAUCACCAAGGAGAUAGCUCAGCUGCUGGCGCUGGAGGAGGCCACCUUGACCUCCGACCUUCAGCAGGGAUACGCCCUCAAGAUGCUCACAGAGCUGCUGUCCUCCUUCGUGGAGGCCGAGUCCAUCAAGCGACAGUUCAAGGGUCGCCUCGUAGGCACGGUGCUGGACGGCUACCUGUGCCUGCGCAAGCUGGUGGUGCAGCGCACCAAGGCCAUCGACGAGACACAGGACCUGCUGCUCGAGAUGCUGGAGGACAUGACCACGGGGACGGAGCUGGAGACCAAGGGCUUCAUGGCCGUGUGUAUCGAGACGGCAAAGCGCUACAGCCUGGAUGACUACCGCACGCCCGUGUUCAUCUUCGAGCGACUCUGCAGCAUUAUCUACCCGGAGGAGAACGCUGUGAGCGAGUUCUUUGUGGCGCUGGAGAAGGACCCCCAGCAGGAGGACUUCCUGCAGGGCCGCAUGCCGGGCAACCCGUACAGCAGCGCGGAGCCGGCCAUCGGCCCCCUGAUGCGCGACAUCAAGAACAAAAUCUGCCGCGACUGUGACCUCGUCGCCCUGCUGGAGGACGACAGUGGCAUGGAGCUGCUCGUCAACAACAAGAUCAUCAGCCUGGACCUCCCUGUUGCUGAGGUCUACAAGAAAGUUUGGUGCCCAACAGCGGAGGGAGAGGCCAUGCGCAUUGUGUACCGCAUGAGGGGACUCCUCGGAGAUGCCACGGAGGAGUUCAUCGAGUCCCUGGACACAGCCGCAGACGAGGAGGAGGAUGAGGAGGAGGUUUACCGCAUGGCGGGAGUCAUGUCCGAAUGCGGGGGGCUGCAGGCGAUGUUGACGCGCCUCGCAGGCGUGCACGACUUCAAGCAAGGCCGGCAGCUGCUCACAGUGCUGCUGAAGCUGUUCAGCUUCUGCGUCAAGGUGAAGGUGAACCGGCAGCAGCUCGUGCGGCCUGAGAUGAACACCUUGAACGUGAUGCUGGGGACCCUCAACCUGGCGCUGCUGGCUGAGCAGGAGGCGAGUUCAAGUGGAGGCGCCGCCGUGGCUGAGCAGGUCCUCGCCAUCAUGGAGAUCAUCCUGGACCAGGCCAACGCAGAGCCUCUCACGGAGGAGAAGGGGAGCCUACUGCUGUCGGGCGACCAGGAGCAGCUGGUGAUGCUGCUGGAGCAGAUCAACUCGGCGUUUGUUCGCUCCAACCCGAGCGUGCUCCAGGGGCUGCUCCGCAUCAUCCCGUACCUCUCCUUCGGCGAGGUGGACAAGAUGCAGAUUCUCGUGGAUCACUUCCAGCCGUACUGCGACUUUGACAAGUACGACGAGGAGCACAGCUCGGAGGAGAAGACCUUCCUCGACUGCUUCUGCAAGAUCGUGGCGGGCAUCAAGAGCACGAGCAACGGGCGCCAGCUCAAAGGGCGGAUCCUGAACAGCGGCGUGGUGCAGAGGGCGCUGGCCUACACCGCACGGCACAUCCCCAGCGCCAAGAAUCUGGAUGCUGAGGUGUGGAAGAAGUUCCUGGGUCGCCCGGCACUCCCAUUUGUGGUGCGCCUCCUCACGGGACUGGCACAGCAGCACACCCCAACUCAGGCCCUGAUAGGGGCCGAGGCGAUCCCCCUGCUCCACACACUGGAGCAGGUGUCCAGCGAGGAGGGCAUCGGCACCCUCGCCGAGAACCUCCUCGAGGCUCUCCGUCAGCACCCCGGCGUGCGGAAGAAGAUCGAGGCGGCACGCAAGGAAACUCGCGCACAGAAGAAGCGACUCGCCAUGGCCAUGCGGCAGAAGGCGCUGGGCACGCUGGGCAUGACGACGAACGAGAAGGGGCAGGUCGUGACGAAGGCGUCAAUCCUCAAGCAGAUGGAGGACCUCAUCGAGGAGCCGGGUCUUAUCUGUUGCAUCUGCAGAGAGGGCUACAAGUUCCAGCCCACCAAGGUGCUGGGCAUCUACACGUUCACCAAGCGCGUGGCACUCGACGAGUUUGAGUGCAAGGCGCGCAAGCAGCAGGGCUACAGCACGGUGUGUCACUUCAACGUCAUCCACUACGACUGCCACCUCGCCGCCGUGCGGCUGGCGCGUGGCAGGGAGGAGUGGGAGAGUGCGGCUCUUCAGAACGCGAACACAAAGUGUAAUGGACUGCUGCCACUGUGGGGGCCCUUCGUGCCCGAGUCUGCCUUCGCCACAUGCCUGGCUCGACACAACACGUACCUGCAGGAGUGCACGGGCCAGCGGGAGCCCACCUACCAGCUGAGCGUCCACGACACCAAGCUACUGCUCCUGCGCUUCGCUCUGGAGCAGUCGUUUAGCUCCGACACAGGCGGCGGUGGACGCGAGUCCAACAUCCACCUGGUGCCCUACAUGGUCCACACAGCCCUCUACGUCAUGAACACGACCCGCGCCGUCUCUCGCGAGGAGAAGGCCGUGGAAGCGCUGUUUGCCGACGGCGGUGCCGGCGGUGCUGGCGGUGCUGGCGGGCGCGAGCGCUGGGUGGAGAGCUCCUUCGAGGUGGAGGGGCCCCUCUACCUGGCCGUGAUGGCGCUGCACGUGGUGCCGCCGGAGCGAUGGCGUCGCCACCGCGUCACCGCCCUGCGGAGGCUCCUCGUGGUGGCGCACGCCCGGCACGUCGCUCCUGGGGGCGUGGCACGCCUGGCGGACAAGACGGAGAAGGACUAUUCCAUCUACAAGCACGCUCUGCUCUUCUGGGGCAUGGUGGAGCUCCUCUACGCCAUGUUCAAGAAGGUGCCCCCUAGCACUGCGGAGGGGGGCUGGUCGUUUGCCCUAGCGGAGUUUGUGCGUCAGGGCGACGUGGCGCUGCUGGAGGCGUCCGAGCGGGCCCUGCGUACCCUGCAGGACCACCUCAUGGUGGCUCACAGCUUUCCGGCCUUCGCACGAGCGGCCGGAAUCCUGGAAGAAAUCGAAAACCCGGACACCUUCAUCCAAGACACCCUCAACUCCCUGCCCUGACACACAGACCCACACACAGUGGCACACACUGACACACACACACAGUGAUACACACACACACUGACUCACA